CAGAUCAAAGGAAGAAGAAAAGGUUUUCACCAGGCUCCUAUUUAGUACCGCGCACAACGAGAGGGAAGGGACAGGGAGGGCCGACCUCGGAGCAGACACUAAAGACCAUGAAGAUCGUCCUCCUCUUGUCCUCCCUUCUCCCAGUCUGUCUCUCCCACGGAUACGACCCCUUCAGCUGGCUGUUUCGCCGCCACUGGCAGGAGCAGUACUAUGGCGCCCUUCAGGCAGACACCACCGGAGGGCCCUGUCCUGAAGAGUGCGACUGCCCCCCCACCUACCCCGUGGCCAUGUACUGUGACGGUCGGGGUCUGACGGCCGUUCCCUUCAUCCCCUCCAGAAUCAAGUUCCUUUACCUCCAAAACAACGCCAUCACCUCUGUGCCCGAGUCGGCGUUUGUCAACGCGACCGAUCUGGUGUGGCUCCUGAUGCAUUACAACCAGCUGACCUCUGAAGGCAUUGAUGAGAAGGUUUUUUUGAGACUGAAGGGACUGGAGCGUUUAUAUCUCCACCACAAUAAUUUAACCAGCAUACCUUCAAACCUUCCUCGCACCCUGAGAGACCUACGAAUAAAUCACAACACGAUUGAAAAGAUUUCACCUGCUGACCUAGAUGGAAUGGACAAUCUCACCAUCCUCUAUCUCCAUAAUAAUGCUGUCAAAGAUCUGGGCUCUUCCUUGAAGUCUCUGAGAUCCCUGGCACUGCUUGACAUCAGUGGCAACCAGCUUAAAAAUGUCCCAGAGGUUCUCCCUGCAUCUCUGCACCAGCUGUACCUGGAGUACAACUCCAUUGACUCACUGCCGGAGGACUUCCUGGGUGGGUUGUCUCACCUGCAGUACGUCAGGAUGUCCCACAACCAGCUGUCGGAUAAAGGGAUUCCCUCCAACACGUUUAACGUGAGUGGGCUGGUGGAGCUGGACUUGAGUUUCAACAAACUGGAGCGAAUCCCGUCUGUCAGCUCCACGCUCCAGCAUCUGUAUCUGCAGGCCAAUCAGAUUAAAGAGUUCACCCUGGGCAGUUUCUGCAGCAUCGUAGACGUGGUGAAUUUCUCCAAACUACAAACGCUUCGGCUGGACGGAAAUGAGAUCAGCCUUCAGGACAUCCCAGUGGAGACCUCUGUCUGUCUGCGGCAGGCGUUCAGCAUCCAGAUCUAACACAUCAUUAUGACUUCUUACUGGUCACCACAGGAGAAAUUAGUUUGUUUUGUUGCAUUUAAGAUGCAAUUACAAAAAUUGAAAGAUAUUUUUAAAAUUACAUAUAUAAAAACAAGUCUGUGUUCAGAAAACAGCAGAUAAGCUUAGUUAGCUGUGAACCAAAAGCAUUACUGUGACCUGGAUCCAACACUUUCAUUUUAGGAUCAAAAACAUCUGUAAUCAAUUUUUUCUUAUACAAAAUAUCUAUUACUUUUUUCUUUUAUCCUGAUAAAAUUAUGAUAUUUUAUAACGUGAGUUGUUAAGGAACAAAAUUAUUAAAAAUAAUAACUACCGGUACUCGAACCCAAACCUUUGACCGCUGCAGGAAAACUUUGCAGCUGGAUGCCUUAUAAAGAUGAUGUCAUUUUUUUUCUUUUUCUGUCAUUUGGUAAAAAUAAAAUAUUACAGUUAAAUGAGGAAAUCAUGAAAGUUUUAUUGUUCUGUCAUAGCGCUCUUAACGAGUUAUGAAUUUAUGACUCAGAUUAUCACUUUAAUCUGUUGUGUGUUUAAGAGCUGAAGAAAUAAAAUAAAAUGAAAGGUUUAAAGUGUA